CCGCACGCUCGCGCCGCCCAGUGCAGGAGCCCCCACGCGGUCGGCGUCGGCGUCGGAGGUACUCUCGCCUCCCCACCGGCGGCUUAGCGCCUAGAGCUUCCGCACGCUUCGGCCCAAGGCGCGGACGUGGUUUCUCUAUCACUCUCUCGCUCCCUACUUCGUGCGCCCUGCUGGCCCGGUGAUGGCCAGCCGUCUCUUCCUUCUCCGGCGGCACACAAGGUUGUGGCGGCGACAGGAACCACGGUCUCGCUCGCUUUGCCCAUCGUCUUACGGUGGGAGCUUGGCGUCUUCCCAUGGGACGCUGGAGCUGCUCGCGCAUCUGCCAAACUCACCAUCUUAUACUUUCCACAAGGUUUUCAACCGAGAUGCUGGGUUCUUCAGUUGGUUGCAAAGUUGUAACAUUCAAGCCUACCAUUGUAUUCAUACAAGUCGGUCAGUCAAUAGUGGAAAUCAGGCUACUGCAGGGCCUCAACAAAAUCCAGGAGUGUCUGUACCAGUUGAUGAAUCUAGUGAACUAAAACCCAAGAGGAAAAAACUGAAAGGAAGGAGGGCAGUAACAAGAUUUUUGAAAUCCUUGAGAUGGAAAAAGAAAAAGGAGAUUCAAAGAAUGACUGCAGAGGAGAAGAUUUUGUACAAACUGAAGCUAGCUCGAAAGAAGGAAGAGCGGCUUGUUGCAGCACUGAAAAAAAUUGAACCAGAAGAUCCAUCAGAACCUACACAUGAUCCUGAGGUGCUUACACCUGAAGAGCACUUCUAUUUCCUCAAGAUGGGCCAAAAAUGUAAAAAUUAUGUGCCUGUUGGAAGACGUGGAAUUUACCAGGGAGUGAUCUUGAACAUGCACUUGCAUUGGAAAAAGCAUCAAACUCUCCAGGUAAUUGUGAAAACAUUCACACCAGAGGAGGUCAAGGAAAUCGCCACUGAGUUAGCCAGACUAAGUGGUGGGAUUGUGCUUGACAUUCAAGAUGGGAACACAAUUAUCAUGUACAGAGGGAAAAACUAUGCACAGCCACCACCAGAAAUCAUGUCUCCAAAAGUUUCACUCUCUAGGAAAAAGGCACUGGAUAAAUCCAAAUAUAUGGAAAAGCUCAGAGCUCUUAGGCGGUACAUUCCCAGGCUUGAGCAGGAGCUUGAAGAUCUUCAUGCGCAGAUGAAGUUAGCUGGAGAGCAUAAAGGACAAAGUGUAGGGAAACAUAUUGCUUCAAUUUCACACGAUACAAACAGUGUGCCAGCGAGAAAAGAACCUUGUAGUUCAGUUCACAGCAAAACCGUAUCUGAUCUCCUGUCAGGAAGUGUAGAGGGAUCCAAGAGGUUAGAGGAUGAAAGUUCUGAGGUUGAGGACGACUCAGCUUCGGAGUCUUUGUCAUUUUCAGAGUCUGAGGAUCUCUCUGACAUUUUUGAGACAGAAUCAGAGGAGCAGGAAGAGGACAAGAAGGAUCACCCCCUGUAUCUCGAUAGGCUGGAUAAGUUUCCCUCAGAAAAAAAUGAUAAUGAACCAGAUGAUUUCGAGGAGCAUCUACGGAAGAUCGCUUCACUUUCAGAUAAGACUGAUUCACCUUCGAAAGAACUGAAAGUGUCAGAGCUCGAUGAGAUUGAUAAAAUCUUUCUGCGAGCUAGUUCAUUGUUGAAGAAAAGGUGAAAAAUUGGGAUUUGUAUAUGAUCUUCGUAUUUAUAUGCACUGCAAAAAGUAUAUUGUGCAGUUUUAAUGGCAUCUUCAAAAAGAAUUUACGAUCGUCAGUGAUAGGGCCAACCCUCAUUAUCGUUUUACGGCGAUCAUAAUAUAACUGGAAUUCAGUGGGGUCAUUUGAAUUCGAUAACUGAUAGCCUUGAUGUCAUAGAGCAGAUUUUCAUGUUCAUGCUUUUGUUGAAAUUCCUUGUGUUAGCUGUAGCCCUCCAUUGUAAGUGCUAAUUCUCUAAAGCUUUGAAGAUAUGCGAGUAUCCACUCAUACAAAACCAGUAUUGCUUCA